AAUUGGUCUAUAACUAGAAGACUUUGAUACAUCAAGCUGUUCUGAUGAAUCUGAUGGAACCUCUACUUCACACCAAGCAAUAGUAAUAGAAGAUGUCAAGCAUGGAGCUAGGAAAAGCUAAACUUCCUAGAACUGGCCUUAAUGCUUUAUACCAGGCUAUUCAUCCAGUAUAUGGGAUUGCAUGGACAGAUGGCAAGCAGGUUACACUGAUACCAUUGCGUUUUCAUAGCAAAGAAUGGAGGUUUGGUGAUUCAAUUCUUAUCGGUCAGUUUGAACAUGUCCAGGCACUUUAUUGGAAUGCAUGUUAUUCUGCCGACUUGCCAGCUCUGCUUGCUGUUCAGCAUAAGAAGCGCGUUAGCAUUUGGCAGCUAAUCCAUAACGUUUUGGAAAAGAAUAAGCUGAUGGUUUUCCGGACUUGUGAAAUUGCUGAGCCGUUCCAGUUGCUUCCUCAAGGCUGUGCGUGGCACCCAAAGAGAGAUAUUUUGUCAGUAUUUACCAAAAGGGAUGCUUCUGUUUUAUAUGCAGUUCGUUUAGACAAUUCCAAGGUUAAAGCAGACAUUAAAAGCAGGGGACUCAUCCACUGUGCUUGUUGGACCAAGGAGGGCAAUCGUCUAGUUAUUGCUAUAAGCAGUUCUCUUCAUUCCUAUAUUUGGGAUGAGGCCAAGAAAACACUGAAUGCUUGCACUUUUUGCCCAAUAUUUGAUGUUGGAGGCUAUAUCUGUGCUAUUGAAGCUACUUUGGAUUUUCAAAUUGCUGUGGCUACUGAACUCCCUCCUGAUAAGGUGCCUGGUUUAAAUGCUGGUAUUACAUUUGAAUUACCGGUAAGUUCUGAAAUGGAUUUUAUGUCUACAGAUUCUUCGCAGUCUACUCUGGUGCUUGGGGAUGAAGAAUACUCAAUGGAUUCGAGAAGGAAGUCUUUUGAUUCGGAUAAAUCAGUAGCAGUGCAUUCUCUUGCUUCAUCUUCUUCAGGCCCAGUUGAUCUAACCAGUAUCCUGGCAAACCACAGGAAACUGGAUCACAGUCGUAUACCUUUGAGGAGGAAGGUCAGCCCUUUAGGAAGUGGUCAGUGUUCUUCACAAUUGAUCUUGGUCACUUAUGAAGGAAAGAUAACCACAACUAGAAAAGUCAGCAUUCCAGGCAUUUUGGUCCCUGAUGUAAUUGCCUUUGACUUUAGUGCUCAAAUGGUCGCAGUAGCUUCUAAUACUUGCAAUAUUGUUUUGGUCUCUUCAGUUACAUCAUCCUGUGUGCCCAACUUGCAACAGAUCCAGCUAGAUAGAAAUGAACGACCUAAAGGUCUAUCCUUUUUGACAGAUAAACUUUUACUAGUUUUGGUUGGCAAGCAAAAAUUCACCGAUCCCACAUUUAUUCCUUCCUCUAAUUCAGACAGAUACGUCAUCAGAUUGCUGAUGAAAGAAUUAGUACCUGGCAAAGACUCUUCAUCAAAAUCUGGGACUAGCCAAACUUUGUCAUUCACUUUUGAGCCUUCUGUUAGCCUUCCUGAGAAAAGAAGACAUUUUAAGAACUUUGCUUCAGAGGAUUGUAUUGUGGAGCAGGAGCUCUCAAGACCAGUUAAUACUUUUAUUCAGUCACCCAGUAGAAGGAAACACAUGCUGAAAGUGAAAAGUUCUAAUUAUGAACAAACAUCCCCAUCCAAUGUGUGCAUUUUUUAUGAAAAAGGAGCCUUGAGAAACUCAUCCGUUCUAGAAACUUUGGAAGCUGAACCAAUUAAUCGGUCAAUGGCCUUGUUUGGUGCUGAAACACCUACUGGAUUUUCCAAUACAUCGACUUCAUCUAAAGUAGCACACAAAUCUUUAAAUUCUCCUAAAAAUAGCAUAUUGGAUAACGAUAAAAGAGCAACUGAAAUAUCCAUAAAUCUGGAAAGAUGCUAUAGCAGCUUCAAUGACGUACAUUUGAGACUCCUUGAAUUAAUAGAAUACACUAAAAAUGGAAGGAGAUUGUCUCUUGUCUACCCUUCUUCUCAAGAACCACCUUUCAUACACAUCAAAUACCAGAAGCGUUCUUCAAAUGGAGCAAUAGCUGAAGAAACUCGCAAUGUUCUACUAUAUAAUGGCAAAAUCCAUCUGAAUUUAGUCCAGCAACUUUUUGAUCUGCAUAUUGUUGAAAUGAAACAUGGUGCUUCCUGGAUAGUUCUUACUGCGGAUGGUGAAGGUUUUAUUCCAGUAGCUUUUAAAUCAAAGCAGGAGAUCUUCAUAAGGGAUGGCAAGGAUAAUUUUGAUCCCCAAGAAAGUUACGUGUUCAAAGCAAAUUUUUCGUCAUAAUCACCAAGCAUGGUGAGAUAGGAAACUAAAAAACAUUCUGGAACAUAAAAGAACUGAAAUGUUAGAAUAUGAUUACCAGGACUUUCAAGUGUAUUUUAACUGUAAUUUACAAGAGUUGCCUAGCAGUGUGUUUUUCCUUCAGUGGUUUAUUGUACUUUAAGUAAUCAGGAUGGUUCUCAACACUAAGAAGGGAAUAUUGAAUUUAAAAUAAAGAAUAAAAUAAAGAAUAACUUUUGAAGCCAAUCAGAUAUUCUGCGCAAAAAAUCUAUCAGAUGUGUUUAUUUAAAGUUAGUACUACCAUUAGGGAACUCUGCAGAUGAACAAACCAUAUAUAAUUGGACUUUAAGUGACUGAGUGGAAUACUGUUCCUAAAGUACUUCCACAGAUCAAAAAAUGGAGGCAUUUUUCAUACCCCUCUUUUAGUCCCUUUGAAAAUCUUUGGGAGGGACAUUAAAGGAUUUUACAGAAUAAGUAAGAUAAACUGGGAAGGGAUCAUAUCAUUCAUAGAGAUUUAAAAAAAUAAAAAAAUAAAUAAAUUGCAGGUGCUAAGAGGCUAUUCUUAAUUGGACCCUGAGACUUUUUAACUGGAUUUUCCUUAUUAUAGUUCUAACAUGAUUCAGUCCUAUCUCUGCUGGGAAAAAGCUUGUAUUGGAGGGAAUGUCAAGAGCAUGUACAGGUCCUGCUAUAAUAUAUAUUGUAUAUAAAUAUCUCAAAUGUUUACAAUACCCAUACAUGGGUGCAUUAGUACCUAUUAAUACCUGCACAAAUAGUUAACUCAGUUACU